AUGACCAAAGUAGUCACAGUUCUAAUGACCCUUCUGGGCACUGCCUUCGCUCAGAUCGACAGAACCUGUAUCGACAUCGCCUUCAACUCCGAAACAAACACAUUAUCGGGUAAAUGUCAGCCCCGCGACAACUCAGGCUACAUCCCGUCUGAGCUGGACCUCAACGACUGUUUUGGCUACGACGGCAGCACCAUUACAAGUGAAAAGGUCGCUGUUCCUAUCGCCCACACAACGAAAACCCAAAACAUGUCCUCUGAUAAGAACCCUGAUCAAGACCCUGAGUCCCUGUCUUCUGAUACGGAGACCUCUCAAGAAUCUCAACCAGUUACACUGGACCUUCUCCCCACUGAAGUUCUUCUCCAGAUUUCAGGUGAACCCGGAAAAGACCAAGACACCAUCUCCGCUGAGGAGUUCAAGAGUUUAUGCUUGCUCAGUCCUCCUCUCAGCCAAGUGUACCUCAAAUCUUACUAUCUUGGGGAUAACUGCAGCGCGUUUCGUCAGGCAGUUAGAAGCGCUAAUAUCAGGGCGAUGGAUCGAUGCGCUCAGUUUGGAGCUGUAGCUGACACGAGAUGGGAACUGCCUGAGUCUGACGGUUGUCAAUGCAUUUCUGAGCGUCAGCAUACCCACCACAGGCCUAUAGAUGAGCUACUGGAGUGCCUUUACCUGGGCGAAACCCCCAUUGACCAGUGCGUCGACGCUUUGGAGUGGCUGCUGGAGAGAAAGUUUGACAUGAGAGAGCAGCAAGACCAGCCGUGGUAUAUAGCAAACGACUAUUGCGAUCAUGUCCCUGAAUUUCUGGUUACGAUCCUGAGCAAGAGUCCUGAUCGUGUCCGCACAGAAGGCAUUUGCCAGAUGAUCAAGAUGCUGCACAGCCACGGUUACUCACUCCCUUUGCACAUGAAUUUUGCAUCUUUCAUGGAUCGGUGCCAGAGCUGGGAAGAUCAUGGAACUGUACGAUUUAUCACGGGGCCUCUUGACGUGGCUCUACGCUCCCAUUGCCCACCUGACCUUCUUGAGCUUGUCCUCCGAGAUUAUGUGCGACGCCUUGUAGGUUUCGAAGUUAUCUAUGAAGAGCCCUCCCAACCUCUCAUGCAAAGAUGGGCAGGGAAGUAUCGCUUUGACGAGCCCUUCGACUUACAAUUUGGAGGAGGAGUGGUGGAAACAGCCGACGUGUCGUGGUGGCAACUCACCAAUUUACUGUACACUACCUGGGGGCUCUUCCUGGAUCUGAUGGAUAGCUCUACGGCCUGGGCGGAGGAGUAUCCUGGUGAAGCCGCAGAUGUGUUUGAGAAGAAGAUUGAGAUUCUCAUCGAGUACCAAGUGCUCAACCAGGAUGAAGAGGGAAUGCUGAGGGGCAUCGUGCAGGCUAUGCGAUCCAUGACUACUCCUACCAAAGUUAGCAGUAAUGGUGUUGUCAGUGAUUCGGACUCUCAGCGCUGCUGGGACGCACUGUACAGUGCGAUCAUCCCUUUCAGGCCUAUCGAAGAUUACUGGAUUUUGGAUAGUUGGGAUCUCAUUGAUCCUCUCAUUAGAUAUGGAUUCCCCAUAUCAUGCCAUCGUUUCCACGUUGACCCCGAGUACAAUGUUUACAAGAUGUAUCACGACUAUCAGAUGCAGAAUGACCAGAGUAGACCGACCUUGAAUCGUCCAUGGGGUACCGAGGGAGUUUCGAAGCGAGAAGACGGAAAGUGGGUAGAUCGCGAGUGGAGGCGUGUGUUUCAUAGCAAUGAUGGCACAGGCCUUGGAAGUCCGGGAGGGGAGAACUACCCUUAUUGGAGAUUACCGCAUUGGACCAAGGGGGCUAGCUUCGCGGAUAUCGACAAGGCUGUAUGUGACCGUUGGGCGGAACUUGAGAGCAAGAAGCGUGCCGAUCAUGGCGCUUAG